AUGAUGGGUUCCAGUCCUGCCGUAUUCAAAUUCAAGUCCGUGGUCAACGACCAUAUUUUCUUUGGGCCAGAUAACAGUCGAUUAGCUGUUACCCAAGAAAAAGAGAUUCAAAUUUAUGAAGUGUUGCCAAAUAAUAAUAAGAAGUUAUUGACGGUUUUGACAGGCCAUGACGAACCUAUAACAGCAAUUGACAUUUCUGCCCAAGGUCUUAUUGCCUCUGCUUCACAGGAUCGUAAUGCUAUCGUUUGGAAACCAUUGGAUGCCAGCUUCAGCUCAUUCAAGAAAGACUUGGUGCUCUUAAGAAUUAACAGAUCAGCCACUUGCGUCAAAUGGUCACCAUUGGGGAAUAAGUUCGCCGUCGGUUCUGGUGCUAAGGUAAUUUCUGUUUGUUAUCAUGAGCCAGAAAACGAUUGGUGGAUUUCUAAGCAUUUGAAGAAACCAUUUAAAUCAACAAUUCUCUCUGUGGCCUGGCACCCUAAUAACGUCUUGCUCAGUUGUGGUACUGCCGAUUAUAAAUGUUACGUGCUUAGUGGGUAUGUUAAAGGCGUCGACGAAAAACCACCAGCAACAUUAUGGGGCUCUAAAUUACCAUUCAAUACUAUCUGCGGAGAAUUUAUCAGCUCUCCAGGUGGGUGGGUUCACGAUGUCGCUUUCUCCCCUAGUGGUGAUGUUUUAGGGUUUGUGUCAAAUGAUUCUACAAUCACCAUAGUCUACCCAAAAGGUGAGGAGCAAUUCAAUGUUGUAUCAAGUAAAACUAACUAUGGAUCAUUCAAGACACUUGAAUUUAUAAGCGAUAACCAAUUGAUUACUGCGGGCCAUAAUUGUUUCCCAGUGAUUUUUCAAGGUGAUGAAGAAAGCUGGGAAGAGGCUCGAAGUAUUGAUACUACUGCCACCUCCCAAAAACCAAAAACUUUCAAAAGUUUAGAACAAGAUGACGACGAGGAAGGAAACACUGGUUCCAAUGCCUUGAGUAUGUUUAGACAAUUGGAUUUGAAAGGUAAAGUGCAAAAUAAAGGCUCCUCCGACUUGCCAACCGUUCAUCAAAACACAGUAACCACUUUAAAAUUCUUUGAUCAGUCACACAUCUCAACUUCUGGGGUUGAUGGCAAGGUUGUUGUUUUCCCAAUUUAA